CAUGCGCAUGCGGAGAGUCCCUGCACACCUUCAGGGAAAAGUUAUCAAGUGGUUCGAUUACCUCUGGCUCACGCAGAAGUGCUCAGAUGAGGAACGAGCCGUCAGCUGUCUACCCGAUAAAUUAAAAGCAGAGAUGGCCAUCCACGUGCACCUGGACACCCUCAAGCGCGUGGAAAUUUUUCAGAACACCGAAGCUGGAUUCCUCUGCGAGCUCGUCCUCCACCUUCGACCUGUGCUUUUCUCUCCCGGCGACUAUAUCUGCAGAAAAGGAGAGGUUGGGAAAGAGAUGUACAUAGUCAACCGAGGUCUGCUGCAUGUCGUGGCGGACAAUGGCAAGACGAUGCUGGCCACGCUCAAGGCAGGCUCGUACUUUGGUGAGAUAUCCAUCCUCAACAUGGGAACGGCAGGUAACCGGCGAACAGCCUCAGUGAGGUCAGUGGGCUACAGCGACUUGUUUGUGCUUUCGAAGAAGGACAUGUGGGACGUCUUGAAGGAGUACCCGGCAGCACGCGUCCGCCUGGAAGCCAUAGCAGCUAAGAGACUGGAAAAGUACAAAAAGGCUCCGCUGGAGAAAGGUUGGUUGUUGGUGUUCUUGCCUGAAAGGGUCAGCCAGUUACCACCCCAUCACACGACAUGCAGAGUCAAUGCUUAA